AUCAAUUUUCAUGAUGACAAGGAUAUUCACGUACCUUGCCCCGCUGGUCCGUCAGUGGGGCCAAAAUAAUGUUUGCAAAAAUUAUCCUCUCGACUGACUACUGCUUUUAACAGAGUCUCAGGGCAGGUACAUUGUGCAUUGGCAGACGCUGGCGGCCGACCACUUGUAUCGACCGUUGCCUGCAGGCUGCCGCGCUCUGCGCAGACCCGGGCCGGAAUCUGCAUUUGGUUGUAUGAUGCUUUCCAACACAGCCGACUUGAAGUCUUGAAAACAAUACUGCGCCCCUAUGACGAUUUGCUUCAAGCUUCUACCCAAGAGGCAAACUACACAGGUUUCUAACCCACUGUUCUCACACAUCACUGCAACAUCAAGACUCACGUAAGCAAGGAAAUGGACAUCCCAACAAUGCUGAUGGAGUGCCUCUGCGGUCCCAACGACGCCCAACCCAACCAGCCUGUCCGCCGAAACUACACGCUCAUUCGUGAAAAACCUCCUUUUGAGCCCUUCCCCUCCACCGAUCCCAGUAGUGCACCUACCGACGACGAUCUCACCCGCCUCACCAACAAGAUUCUGGUCAUCCUGCUUCAGUCUCCGGCGCCGGCCCCCUGCACCGACCUCACCCCUCAAGUCAUCGCCACCACGGGCGUCACUACCAAUGACUGGAGCUCGUACCUUGCUGAACGCCUCCUGCAUGCCCUCGAGGACACGCUCAAUGGAGACCAUUCCACAUGGGGCGAGGCCAUCACCGUCGCGUAUAACCGAGCCGUUGAUUUCCUGAGGGAGGAGCUUCAUGCGCUCUGGGAGUAUGCCCAAGAACAUCCAUAUGAGAUUGCUGCGGAGGUUGUCUUGACCAUGCUUGCGCUCGGGGUGUUGGCGAGGCUGGUUCCUGUCUUUGUGAGGGUUCUGGGAUUUGCGGAGUUGGGUCCGGUUGAAGCCUCUUUUGCGGCGUGGUGGCAGCAGUUGUAUGGCGGAUAUGUGCCCAAGGGAUCGGUCUUUUCGUUCCUACAACGGAUGGGAAUGACUUGGUAGGGGGGCAGUUGACAUGUUGGCGUUGGAAGUGCAUUUCACCGGGCACAUCAGAACCAUCACCGUCAUCACAGACAGUCUGUAGGACACAAACAUAC